AUGACGUCCCGCAUCGACAAGGUCAUUGCUCGCCAGCAAGAAAAAAUCGCAGCAGGCGCUUACUAUGAAGCCCACCAACAACUCCGUGUCAUCGCCGCUCGCUACAUCAAGGCCUCCAAUUGGGAUGCCGCCGCCGAGUUGUUGGCCGGCGGCGCCACGGCUCUGCUGCGCGCGGGUUCACAGCAGGGCGCAUCGGCGAGCGGUGGUGAUCUGGCCAUCAUGCUGGUGACGGAUGUGUAUAACAAGGCCGAGUGGGAGAUUCGGGGUGGUGAUGAUGAUGCGGAGGGUCGGGCGCGGAAGAAGCGCCUGAUUGAGAUUCUACGGGAAUUCCCCUCAGAUGAACCGACGAGAAAGCGAUACAUUCAGGAAAUGAUUGGGUGGAGCGGUCGACAUGGUCCGCUGGAACGAGGUGAUCCUGAGCUUCACCAUGCGGCGGGUUCUGUUUAUGCGGAGGAUAACGAGCCCUAUGAUGCCGAAAAACAUCUGGUUUUGGGCACGUCAGAAUCCGCCGAGACACUAGCACGGCUCGAAUUCGAAUGGUACACGCAUGACGAUCCUCACACAGCGGCUUUGUACGCCUCCCGCGCCGUCUUCCCCUAUCUCCUGACUGGCAACGUUCGCAGUGCCAACAAGGCUCUGCUCAUUUUCACCUCCCGCUUGUCCACUGCCAACCCGACUCUUGGCGUGCAGAACGUCAGCAGUGCCAACUCGGAUAUCCGCUUGUACCCUGCACUACCGCUGCUCAAUUUCCUGGGCUUGUUGAUGCUCACGAUCCAGCGCGCCAGUGGGGAUUUAUUCCGACAGUUGACGGCGCAUUACGCGGCUCAAAUUCGCGACGUAGGGAUUUGGGAUGACAUGCUGGCUCAAAUCGGCGAGCAAUACUUUGGCAUCAAGGUGCCUCGGCAAGGCAACCCGCUGUUGGACAUGAUGGGCAGCAUGUUCUUUGGUGGCGGUCAGAGCCAGGGUCAGGGACCGGCCGGUGGUCGAUCGACCAAGAGGGUGGCGGCGCCUCCUUCCAGCAUGGAGUUGGAUUAG